AUGCUCUCUUUUCACCUCCUCGCCUUCACAACCGGCGCCCUGUCGCACUUUGUCCUGCAGGUUCCAGCUUCCAUCGGCUUCAGCGACUCCCUCGAAGGCACCGGGCCAUGUGGGAGCUUUGAUAUCACCAGUCGCACUGGUGAAAGCAACUGGCCCGUUGCUGGAGCUCCGAUCCAAGUCAUUACGACCCAUCCGCAUGCCGACUGGCAGAUCCGUGCAGCACUGCUGAAUGACACCUCCGCGUUCCGCAAUCUCGUGCCCAACGUUUCUCAGGGAGGGAUCGGGACGUUCUGCUUGCCCGCCGUGCCAGGCAUUGCGGAAUGGGAGGGCCUCGAGGCGGUCAUGCAAAUGACCCAACACGCCGUGGAUGGCGCCCUUUACCAGUGUGCCGCUAUCAAGUUCGUUUCCGGCUCAGCAGCCUCCGUUCCGGGUACUUGCAAGAACUCGACAGGCAUCACUGCCACAUUCAAUCCCGCCGACGCGGGCACGUCGACCACAACACCAGGAGAUGCUACCGGAGCUGGUACCGCCGCAACGACCACACCGUCUAAGGCUACCUCUAGAGGGGCGCGUGCUGAGGCUGUGUCAGUGUUGUUGAUACUCGCAGUGUCGCUGAUGGCCUGCGUGGCUUAG